UCAAGAUUCGGUUGGUCAGACGCCCUGAUGAUGGCUGUAAAAGCCGGAUAUGAUAUAUCACCACUACUUAAAGCUGGGGCAGAUGUCAUUUCAAAGAACAAAUCUGGUACAACAGCGCUGCAUCUUGUCUAUGAAGACUUUUAUUUCCUUCACAUAAUAACAACCUCAAUGAGUUUCGACCAUUACAAAGAAAGGAAAAACAACAACGCUUCACAACUGAUUGCUGCUGGAGCUGACAUCAGUGCUCAAGAUAAUGACGGUAACACGCCGCUGAUGAUGGCUGUAAACACAGGACAUGAUAUCUCACUACUACUCACAACUGGGGCAGAUGUCAAUUCAAAGAAUAAAUCUGGUAAAACAGCACUGCAUCUUGUCUCUGAAAACGUUUAUGGCUUUGACACAACAGUCAUCCAAAAUCAUCCAAAACUGAUUGCUGCUGGAGCUGACAUCAGUGCUCAAGAUAAUGACGGUAACACGCUGCUGAUGAUGGCUGUAAAGGCAGGACAUGAUAUCUCACUACUACUCACAACUGGGGCAGAUGUCAAUUCAAAGAAUAAAUCUGGUAAAACAGCACUGCAUUUUGUCUCUGAAAAAUUUUAUGGCUUUGACACAACAGUCAUCCAAAAUGAUCAUCCAAAACUGAUUGCUGCUGGAGCUGACGUCAGUGCUCAAGAUAAUGACGGUAACACGCCCCUGAUGAUGGCUGUAAAGGCAGGAAGUGAUAUCUCACCACUACUCACAGCCGGGACAGAUGUCAAGUUAACGAAUAAAUCUGGUAAAACAGCACUGCAUUUUGUCUCUGAAGGCAAGAGCUCUUUCCGUUCUCAAAAGAAGACAAUCAGUGUUCACCAUCUGAUUGCUGCUGGAGCUGACGUCAAUGCUCAAGAUAAUGUUGGCAACACAUCUCUUCACAUGUGUAUAAUGUAUAAUGAUUACCAUAAUGCCAUGGUAUUAUUGCACAAUCCAGGGACUGACGUCAAUUAUUACAAAUGAGAUCUGGACAAUCGGUGUUGCAUGUGGCGGACGCUGUGGACGAAGGGUUUCCGGGGAUAGGGGAACUACGUCAUUUGAGACGUGGAUAUUCCCAGUAUCAUCUGGAGUAUACGAAAAGAGAAUGGUACGGGCAAUCCUCAGCAAGAAUCCCGAUCUCGAAGCUCAGGACAAACAAGGCAGAAACCCUUUGGAUAUUGCAAAAACGUCAAGCGACAAAUUUCAUGAGAAAUUUCGGAUGUCAAAAGCUAAGCGUUUAUCAACAAAA